CACCCCCCUGCCUCCUUUCUUUCCCACAUCCAUCCAUCGAUCCCCUUCCAUCCCCUCGCUCAGCUUCAGUCUUCUGUCAUCGUCCUCCCCAUCUCACAUCUGCAUCGCGCCGCCCCUCCUCCCAAUCCCGUCCGGCGCCGCCGCACCCCACACCCGCUGCUGCCCCCACUCCUCUAGUGCCAUCUCCCUCCUCAUCGAGGGCCGAUACCUCAUCGUCCAGCCACUCUAGCGCCGCCUCCCUCCCCAUCGACCAGCGCCUCAUUGGCCGUCCAGUGCAGCCACCAUGCCUCCAACGCCAGUCUCCCACCCCACCGAGCGCCGAGCCCUCGCCAUCCAGCACCGCCCACCUCCCCAUCAGGCACCUCCCCAUCAAGCACCGCCGAGAUUCCGGGAGAGACCCCCGCCGCGAUGCCGAGAAGGUGGCAGGUCUGGGGCCGGCCUGACGGUAGCCAAGUCUGGGUCCCCGCCCCCGACCCCGACGCGCCGCCCCCGCCGCCGCCCCGCCUCUUCCUCCACCGGGGCGCGCCGCGGGGACAGCCGCCGCUUCAUUCGAGGAAGCGCUGGUCAAAGGCCGGGGUGCUGCCGACGGAUGCCGUGUCGAGUCCAUGGCCAACCUCCUCGUCCAAGCCGAGGAACCUCCUGUGGGCUACUUCCAAGCAUGAUGUGUACGUGAUGCAGAACUAUUCUGUGAGGCACUGGUGGUCCUUACUCCAGAGAGGAAAAGAAUUGCUCAACGUGGCAUGCCCAAAUCAGGAUAUGCAGGGAGGUCGGCCCUUGUGCAGGGUGAAGAUCAGCACCAUGACGGUGAAAGACAACCUCCUGGCGGCUGGUGGUUUCCAUGGGGAGCAGAUCUGCAAUGCAUCCCACCGCCGAUCCAUAUCCAGAUCAGCUGCGUCGCCGGUGCCGGUUCUACACACAGGUCAACAUGCCCUGUUUAUAUGAAUUGUUUUGUAUCUAGCGACUAGUUGUCACACUGAUUAAAAUCUCCGCGCAACGAGCAAGUAAUCAGUGGCCGUGAAGCAAGGUUUAUAAUAUUUGUAUUCUACCAUGCAAAGAUGUAAUACUUGACUGCUCGCUAGCAAGAUUUCAAUCAUAAUCUGUGCAUACUUGUUUAUGAUAUUUGUGUGCCCAUGUAAAACGUAUGCGGUUCGGCCUAGGCUAGAUCCCAACCCGCGUUAGAGCUGCAUACUAUGAUUUCCUCUUGCCAGUGAGAUCUGUUCGUACUUGUCAGUAGUCGAUGGGACGCUCAAGCUUCACUGCUGCUUCUGCUGUAUAUUUUUUGUAACCCAUGUUUCUACUUGCAAUCAGCAUACAAUUUUGUGUCAAAUGGUUAAAUGUUUCCACAUUCUGUAGGAUUAGUGCAUCCUGUUGCUUGUUGCUAGCUGUAGGAUCUGACUUUUGGUUGUUGUUUUGGAGAUGUAGGCCAGGGGAAAUGACUACCAUUCCAGGGUCUCCGGUCUGGGAGCUCGUGAAGAAGAACAACUACUUCUUGAUCAAGCAGUUCGGCAACAGCAACACCAAGGUGCAGUUCAGCAAGGAGCCCAACAACCUCUACAAUGUCCACUCCUACAAGUUCUCGG